AUGCAUGCAGUAAGGAGGGUUGAAGUUGGUCAGGGAGCGGUAGUAGUGGUUGUGGUAGGCACGUUUAGGGUGGGGACUGUUCGGGACGAGGGUAAGAAGGAAGAGGAGGAUCCUUAUCAGCUUAUAUUGGAUAAUCAGAUCAAGUUCGUAGAGUCUGAGAUUCAUGGAGGGGAUAUGAGCAGUGUGAAGCUUGAGGGGAGUAAGAAGGAGAAAUUGGCUAAGGUGAAAUACCUCAAGACCGAGUCCGGCGGCGUUGUCAAGAUGGAGGAUGGGGAGGUGGCGAAGAGUGCUUUGCAGAGGAUGUCGGCUAAGGAGAAGGCGGCCCUCAUAGCUGAAGCCCGCAGAGUGAAGCUCCAACACGACAGACGGUCAUUGCCGAUUUUCAAGUAUCGCGAUGAUUUGAUCGACGCUGUGAAGAAGUAUCCGGUCCUGGUCUUGGUGGGUGAGACGGGCUCUGGCAAGACUACGCAGAUGCCGCAGUACUUGCACGAG